UUGCUCAACGAAGUUCCAUUUUUAGCCGGUGUGUCACUGCCCUGGUUAUGGCAUCAUCUGCAUCGCAAGUCGAACACAUCAACGAGAGCUCAAUUGUUGGAAUUACCUAGAGAUCCAGCUAAAUUCAGCGAUUUCCUCAGAAACUUCAACCUUAGGCGAUCUAACCACACAAACAGGAUUCUCAUCGACACCACAUCAUCGUCUCGACAGCAAAAAUUUCUGGCAGCUGUUCGUACGGCGCAGUUCAGUCAAGCCAACUAUCACUAUGUCGUCGCUAAUUUCGACUUUCUGCCAUAUGACGUCGAAAUGUUUCAAAAUGGAAACAUCAAUAUAAGCGGAUUCCAACUGAUCAAUAAGGAGAGCCGUGCCUAUUGGAAUUUGAAGAAGCACCUGAAAAAAUUGGAUGACAACUUUAUCAACAACUACGAUGACGUUGAUAGUAGAGGUGCAUUGGCCUAUGAUGCGAUGCUCGUGGCCUGGACCGGCUUCUCCAAAUGCCUGGCCAGUAAUGAUUCGCUGUUCCACGGAACGUUCCGGCACGGACGAUUCUUCAACAGAGGAUAUCCAGGAAUUUACUGCGAUCCAUUGGCGGACCGAAUCCAUCCGGCUAGGCCGUUCGCCUCGUUCGAACAUGGAAGGACCGUGACAAAAGCCCUGAGAGGGAUGUCUAUCGAUUCGAAACAAGGUACGCUCACCGGCACCAUCGAGUUUGAUCGGUUCGGCAACCGCAAGAACUACGACGUUUCCGUAAUUGACCUCGUCUCAAACACGAAAGCAACAUUCAACAGCAAAGAGGUUCUCGCAUGGAGGCAAGGUGUGGGAUUUUUCGCUGAUCGCACUGUGGCUCAACACACCAGAAAGAUAAUGGAGAAUCGAAAUCAGAACGUUGUUCGAGUCGUUACCGUAUGGGUAGCGCCGUUUGUGAUGACAAAACGCGAAUGCGCGCAGCCAAACAAUCGAACUGAGUGCGAAGGCAACAACAAGUACGAAGGAUACUGUAUCGACCGUAUGAAAACUGCUGGCGAUCGUAUUGAAGGCCUUAACUUCGAAGGUUUAUCUGGGUGA